AUGGCAUCGGGAGCUCCGGCGGCGCCGCCAGCGGCCUCCCCGGAGGCGGAGGAGGAGGAAGACGACUGCUGCCACAUCCAGGUCCUUCCUGGUGACUCCCUUCACCAUAUCUUCUCCCAUCUUUCUCUCCGGGAGGUCCUCGCCUGCCGCUGCGUCUGCAAGCUCUUCCGCGAGGCCCUCGCAUCGCCGCCGUUCUUGGCCCUGCUCCCGCCUGUCCCCUUGCUGGCGCUCCGCCACCCGCACCGCCACCCCUCCGCAGAUCUCCACGCGUUCGAUCCCGUCGAGAACCAGUGGUUCCGCCUGUCCCUAUCCUUCCUCCCCUUCCCUUCCUCCUUCCCCAUCACGGCCUCCCCCUCCCUCCUCUACCUCUGGGCGGACUCCGGCGCCGCGGGCAUCGCCCCCGCGGCGGCCUCCGGCGGCCCCAGCAAUGGCGCCGCCUCAGAUCCCAAGCAGUCCACCAAGACGCUCGUGCUCUGCAACCCCCUGACUCGGUCCUACCGCGCGCUCCCGCAACUCGGAUCGGCCUGGUCUCGCCACGGGACCGUCCUGGCGGCGCCGACGGGCCACGUCCUCGUCCUCGCCGAGCUCGCCGCCCUCUGGUACAACCCUGGAUCUCUUCAGUGGCUCACCUUCUCCCUCAACCUCCCGUCGAAGCCCCGCAGCCCGAUCCUCAUCGGCGACGCCGUCUACGUGCUCUGCGACGUCGGAUCGCCGUGGAGGAACCAGUGGAAGCUCUUCUCCUGCCGGCUGCGCGAGCUCGGGGGGCCCCGUGUCUGGGACCGCCUAGAGCAGCAAGAUUGGGGCGACGUCUUCGACAUCUUGAAGCGGCCGAGGCUGAUCCGGGGGAGGGGCGACCGGAGAAUCCUCAUGAUCGGAGGCCUCAGAUCGUCGUUCGCCGUCGACGCGCCGUGCUCUACUGUUCUGAUCCUCAGGCUGGAUUUGGGGACGCUCGAGUGGGACGAAGCAGGGAGGAUGCCCCUGGACAUGUACCGGUGCUUUGGCGGCUCUGGGACCUCCGGUGGAGCCAACAAAGUGAAGGUGUUUGGAGCAGAUGGGAGGGUCUGGUUCUCGGGGAAGAAGGUGAGGGGGAAGCUGGUGAUGUGGGAAGAAGACGAGGUCGGCAAGAGUGGCGGCAGAUGGAGGUGGGUGGACGGCGCGCCCGGCUAUGGCGAUGGUGUUUAUCGGGGAUUCGUGUUCAAUGCCGGCCUCGGCGCCGUUCCUUGA